AUGGGAAUUUAACACACUUGUUGUAUGAGAGAGUGUUCGAACAGAGAAUAGAAUCCUGAUUCUGAAGUGCAGGUGAUCUAGAAUUAAUAGAAUUUUAAUAUAAAACGACAGUUUUCAAUUGAAAACUAGACUUUAAAGACAACAUAGAAAGGAACAAUUUAAAUAAGUGAAAUGGAUAACACAUUUGAAAUGCUGGAGGAGAAUUAAUCGAGUAAUUUGGAAAACAACCCAGUACCAGCAUUUGUCUAAAAUAAAUAAUUUCAUUAAUCUAUGGUUCCAAGGAGAGAAAAUCGAUUUAUGUAAGACAUCGAGUGUGAAGUCAGAGAAAGAAUUAAGCAAAUAUAUAUUUAGGAUAAAUUCGAAGCAUUAUAAUCACAUUAUUCUGAAUUAAAUCAUUAAUAAAAUCCAUCAAAAUCUAAUGAGUGUUCCUCCAAAGUUCCUAAUUAUAAUGAAUCAAAUAGUAACCUAAAUUUUCCCUUUAAUUCAAGUCUAGGCAUUGAAAAAUUGUAAAGCACACAAUUAGAAUGCAUCACAGUUCCGCAUAAGGAGAUGAGAGGAAUAUUAAAAAGUGAUUCGUCUUAAAAGUAUUCUUAAUCGUUAGAUGCAAAAACUGAGAAAGCAAUCAGUAAUAAAAAAAGGGUUCACUUCUCUUAGGAUACUAAAUUCAAGACUUAAGAUGCAACCCAUUUGUUUAAAUGGAGAAACUUAAGAAAUAUAUGAGUUAUUUAUUUUAUUCUCAACCGUAUAACCAUUUAUGUAUCAAAUUAAAACUUAGCAAACAUUGUUUUAGGUCAACCAAUUGGACCAAAUUCAUAAGGAGUGAUGAAUGCAAGUCUACAUUGAUGGGUUUCUUGAGUUAGUAAAAUGCAAUUAGAUUAAAAUAUAAUAGAAUAGAUGAAAGUAUUGAAAGUUGGGAACUUAUUUGGGGGAGUUUUAAGAGAAGAUCCAAAAAGGGUAGGAAUCC